UGUCCCAAAGAAAAACCACCCACUUUCACAUCCCUAGCUAUUCCUUCCCUCUUUCCCGAUCUCACUGGCAGGCACUGCCUCCAUCAUCCUCCCAGAGAGAGACUGAGAGAGAGAGAGCGCAGCCGAGGCAGUUCGCCCGCAUGUAUCCCGCUGCUGCAGAGAUCACGCCCAGCUUCUGCGCCUGCAGCUCCAGCAGUAGCAGCACAAGGGGCUGCAGUGGAAACGGCCGCUGCUAGUUCCCGUUCUCCCCAUGAUCUCUGCCCUUUCCCCUACUUUUUCUUGUUCUUGCUUGCCCCUUUUCCUUCUGCGCUAGCUGCCGCUUCUUCGCCUUCCUGGAGCUUCCCGCAUCCACACAUACCUCUAAAGAACCAGACAAAUAAACGACACAGAACCGUCGGAGUCGUCUUCUACUACUGUCUCCAUUAUAUGGGUUUGUUGUGCACAGGUGCGCGUAGAUAGGUAGAACCGUAGAAGGCAGAUUAUCGCUCGAGGCAGCAGCUUGGUUGCUGGGGCACGCGAUCGAGCUCCAGGCAAGAAGAUUAUUGCAGGAAGGCGCGGCAGGCAUGGAGGAUCUGUACAGCAUCCACCCGGGGAUCUCACGCGCCGGGGGCGCCGCCACGGCGGCCAGCGAGGUGUCCGGGGUCGCCGGCGGACCAGGCUCGCCCCCUCCCCCGCCGUCGCAGCCCCCUCCGCCGCCGCCGGCGGAUCUGACGGAGCUGGUCAAGGCGCAGAUCGCCGGGCACCCGCGCUACCCUUCCCUCCUCUCCGCCUACAUCGAGUGCCGCAAGGUGGGCGCGCCGCCGGAGGUGGCCACGCUGCUGGAGGAGAUCGGCCGGGAGAGGUGCGCCGCCGCCUCUGCCGGCGGGGAGGUCGGCCUAGACCCCGAGCUCGACGAGUUCAUGGAGGCGUACUGCCGGGUGCUGGAGCGGUAUAAGGAGGAGCUGUCGCGGCCAUUCGACGAGGCAGCGUCCUUCCUCAGCAGCGUCCGGACGCAGCUCAGCUCCCUCUGCGGCGCCGCCGCCUCGCUCUCAGCAAUAUAUUAUAUGACUACUAAUCCCGAAACGACAAGUUCAUUCAACAUCGCAUUAGUUUAUGAAAUGGUAGGGUCGUCGGAGGAGGACGAAGCAUGCUCGGGAGGAGACACGGAGGCGACGGAGCCGGGGCAGCAGGAGCACAGCUCCCGCCUGGCGGACCGUGAGCUGAAGGAGAUGCUGCUGAAGAAGUACAGCGGGUGCCUGAGCCGGCUGCGGUCCGAGUUCCUGAAGAAGAGGAAGAAAGGGAAGCUGCCCAAGGACGCGCGGUCGGCGCUCAUGGACUGGUGGAACACGCACUACCGCUGGCCGUACCCUACGGAGGAGGACAAGGUGAGGCUGGCGGCGGCGACUGGGCUGGACCCGAAGCAGAUCAACAACUGGUUCAUCAACCAGCGGAAGCGGCACUGGAAGCCGUCCGAGGACAUGCGGUUCGCGCUCAUGGAGGGCGUCACCGGCGGCGGGCCCUCGUCCGGGACAACGCUCUACUUCGACACGGGCACCAUCGGGCCGUGACCACCACACUACCAGCUUGGGCAACGCAAAGUGCAUACGUUUUUCUUUGUGUAUAUGGGCGACAACGUGUCGGUAGGUACACUCAGCAUACUGGAGCUGCUGUCCAGUUCAGUUCAGUGCAUAUGGCCUCGUAAAGGACUCUGUACCAUGAUGAUGUAAUGCUAACUCCAACCCUUCUCACAAAUUUCUAUUUUUCUUAUUUUCUAUUUUAUAUUUAAAUAUCUUUUGUCCCAGUUUGCCUUC